AUGGGCACCUUCACUUUUCCCUGGCCGUCGAGCCUGCAACAUCUGCCAAAGAACGUGCGAGUUCUCAUCGGCAGCCUCAUCGCCAUCAACGCCCUCAUCUGGCUUGCUGUGGCCACGCCCGUCAUGGUAACGCACCCUGUCCUUGCGGCGCCUGCAGCCCUUUCGUACACUCUGGGUCUUCGUCAUGGCCUUGACGCCGACCACAUUGCCGCCAUCGACUUGACGACGCGCCGUCUGAUCGCUUCGGGCCAGCGUCCCGCGUCGGUGGGGACCUUCUUCUCCCUGGGUCACAGCACCGUCGUCAUCAUCACCUGCAUCGUCGUCGCUGCCACCAGCGGUGCUCUGCGUGAUCGCUUCGACGGCUUCUCUCGCGUCGGCAACAUCAUCGGCACGGCCGUCAGCGCCGUGUUCCUGAUCGCUCUGAGUAUCGGGAAUGCCUGGGUCCUGUACCGCCUGAUCAGACGUCUGCGGAAGGUGCUGGCUUCGUCGUCAAAUGAGCAGGACAGAGAGUUUGGGCACCUCGACGGUGACGACGAUGGUGCCGCCCAGCGCGCUGCGGGCGACCAGUUCUCUGUCGAGGGCGGCGGUGUUCUGACGAAAGUUUUCGGACGCCUGUUCAAGGCUGUCGAUCGCCCAUGGAAGCUGUAUCCGCUUGGAUUUGUCUUUGGCCUGGGUUUUGACACAUCUUCGGAGAUUGCCAUCCUGGGUAUUUCGAGCAUCCAGGCUGCCAAGGGGACCAAUCUCUGGCUUAUCCUCAUCUUCCCCGUGCUUUUCACCGCUGGCAUGUGUCUCGUGGACACGACCGACGGCGGUCUCAUGCUGUCUCUCUACACGUCCAAGGUGUUUUCCCGCGACCCCGUGGCCAUCCUAUACUACUCCAUUGUUCUCACCGGCAUCACCGUGACUGUUUCGGCCUUUAUCGGAAUCAUCCAGGUCCUUUCUCUCAUCCAGAAUGCCGCCGACCCCAAGGGCCGCUUCUGGGAUGGCGUGGGUGCCAUCGGCGACAAGUUUGACAUUAUUGGUGGCUCCAUCUGCGGCCUCUUCCUCCUCGUCGGCAUCGGCUCCGUGCUAGCCUACAGGCCGUGGAGACGCUACCUCGACCGCAGGGACGCUGCCCGUGCAGAAGUCUCCCGCGAGGCUGGGAUUGCUGAUCAUCUCCGGCCGAGCCCGCGAGAGAGAACGCCGCUGCUUGAGGGAGGGCAGUGA